CCAGCUCACCGCAUCUCAUGUUGUCCAGCGCCCAAAGCAAUCUCCAUCUGCAACGUCUCUAUCUGUGAAGACUACUUCCACUGGCUCACUCGGACUCGAUAUUGGCCUCAAGAGCACCAGUUUCAUUCUCUGACCCACUUUCUCCUAGACCAUAUGGCACGCAAAGGCAGCCGCAAGGUCAGGACAGGUUGCUAUACAUGCAAAAUACGCAAAGUAAAAUGCGACGAAAAGCAUCCCUCCUGCCACCGCUGCACGUCAACGGGCCGCAAAUGCGACGGCUACGUUGUGGUCGCCGCCACGGGCCUCACCUUCCAUCGGCCAAGCCACCUCUUUCAGUCCAUCGACCAGCCUGGCGAAGGCCGUGCCCUGCAGUUCUUCCACGAGCGGGUUGCGUCCUUUCUCUCGGGACCCUUUGACUCGUACUUUUGGACCCACGUCGUCAUGCAGUUCAGCGGCUUCGAGCCUGCCGUCCGGCACUCUAUCAUCGCCAUCAGCACGCUUUAUGAGGACUUCAAUAGCGGGCGGGGAACCACUUGUCUGUUACGUGAUAAUAGGCUUGCACUUGGGCACUACAAUGCUGCUAUUAAGAAGCUGCGCACUGUGAAGAACGAGCCGCUUGUCCUGCUGGUGUGUAUCUUGUUUAUAUGUAUCGAGUACUUGCAGGGUAAUCGGACGCAGGUGAUCAGUCACACUCGGCACGGCAUUGAUAUACUACAGCAGAUAAUGGCUGCGUACCCCUGGACCAAAGAGUAUCUGGCCCCUAUAUUCCGACGGCUCGCCGUCGUCCCCCUUUUCUUCGGUGAGGAAAUCCACCAAUUUCCCGAGGUGCCCGAACUAGAUGAGCCCAUUCCCGACCACUUCUCCUCGUUCGCCGAAGCGCAGUACUUCAACGACGGCUUGCUUAACCGAACAGUACGACUCAUCCGCUUCGGGGACCCGUAUUACCGACGCGGACAACUGCGUCGCGGCCCAGACGAGUUGAAAGCAUCCCAAGCUUACCUUAGAGAAUCCUUAGACGCAUGGCACACCCGCUUCAUCGGGUUACAGAACAAAUUCCAUCUGUGCGAAGACACCGACACCGGCUGCUGCAACCUUCUCUUGCGCUACGACGUCGCGCGCAUCUGGACCGACCUCGCCAACGAUCCGGACGAGACGAAGUACGACGCCUACACCCCGGUCUUCGAUUCCAUCGUCCGUCGUGCGACGCGACUGGCCCCCGUCCGCAUUGGGGACACUACCGUGAAACCAAGUGCCGUGUUCAGUUUUGAAAUGGGCCGCCUCUCCAUGAUCUACUUCGUCAUCAUGAAAUGCCGGCACCUGCCCACGCGACUCGAGGCGUUGGCGCUGAUGCGAAAUUACGGUAUUGCGCGGGAGACGCUAUGGGAGGUAAGGCAGAUGUACCCUGUCGGUCGGCGGAUCGUCGAGAUUGAACAUGAUUUGGUGCUUGAUAUGGAUGAUCAGCCUUGUGGGGAAAACGAAGAGGUGGAGGUGGACUGGGAGGCGAUGCCGCCGCUGAAGAGUAGGGUACUGGAUUUCGCGUCGAGUCCGAAUGAAAAGGUCAUGAUCGGGGCCGAUGGGACGGUGGUGAAGGGCAUGAUGGCGAGUUUUAUGAUGAGGGAUGACGACGGGAAGGUGGUUCGUCGGACGGAAUUUUUGCCUUGGGGGUUGGGGGAGGAGUGAAGGGGCCGGGCUGGUAUAGUCAGUAACUUAUGACUUUCGAUGCAACUGCCGGAGUCGGAGGGACUUUUCUGAUUCCAGGUAUGAUGCUCAGAUGCUCCUCAUCGGUGUUGCCGCUUGGUAGCACGCAGCUGACCUCUGUAUUCCGAUACGAUAUCCACAGCAUCCAUGGUCCGCUAUAUCCCAAGAUUGUCCGCCUACAUGAUCUAUUCAUUUAUUAUCAUGAAAAUUUUGGUGACAUCGGAGGACAACUCACAGUUAUUACAUACCAGUUCCGCGCCCUACGCUGGCCCAUGCUCGUCUAGAUCUCCUGGGUUUACUGCAGAUAUUCUCUGUCGUGUUCUGCAUUUGAAGCCGCUAGAGUUUCCCUCCAUUCCAGGUGCUCCAUGUAGACCUGACGAUAGUCAUUCUGUCAGCGAAAUGCAGUGUGGUCGUAACGUCAUCGGUAGCAUGAUCGCAAUGAUUAUGAG